GUGUGGAGCAUGUCCAAGGAGCGGCGCGGGGAAGGCGCGGCCCCGCAGCCCCGGGGCUUCGUCAAGCGGAUUCUGGUGACGGGCGGCGCCGGCUUCAUUGCAUCUCAUGUGGUGGCUUCCCUUGUAGAAAAGUAUCCUAACCAUUUGAUUAUUAAUCUGGAUAAGUUGGACUACUGUGCAAGUUUAAAAAAUCUUGAGAGAAUUUCUAAGAAACAGAACUACAAGUUUGUCCAGGGGGACAUCUGUGAAAGCAAUUUCAUAAAAGAAUUAUUUGAGACUGAGAAAAUAAAUAUAGUGCUACAUUUUGCAGCUCAAACACAUGUAGAACUUUCAUUUUGGCGCAAAUUUAAAUUCAACUAUGUUAACAUUUAUGGAACUUGCAUUCUUGUUGGUGCUGCUUAUGCAGCUAAUGUGGAGAAGUUCAUAUAUGUUAGUACCGAUGAAGUUUAUGGAGGCAGCUGUGAUAAGGAAUUUGAUGAAUCUUCACCUAUGCAACCAACAAAUCCUUAUGCAACAUCUAAAGCAGCUGCUGAGUGCUUUGUCCAAUCUUAUUGGGAAAGAUACCAGUUUCCAGUGGUUAUCACACGGAGCAGCAAUGUUUAUGGACCACAUCAGUUUCCAGAAAAAGUUAUUCCAAAGUUUAUUUCUCUCUUACAACAGAACAGGAAAUGUUGCAUUCAUGGCUCAGGACUUCAGAGAAGAAAUUUUCUUUAUGCCAGUGAUGUAGCAGAAGCAUUUCUUACUGUUAUGAAGAAGGGACAGCCUGGUGAAAUCUAUAACAUCGGGAGCAAUUUUGGGAUGUCUGUUGCACAGCUUGCAAAGGAAUUAAUCCAUCUUAUAAAACAUACCAAUUCCGAAGCAGAGACAGAGUAUUGGAUGGAAUAUGUUAAAGACAGACCUACAAAUGACUUGGGAUAUCCAAUGAAUUCCGGAAAAAUGUACAACUUGGGUUGGAGACCUAAAGUACCUUGGAAAGAAGGAAUUAAAAAAACAAUUGAAUGGUAUCAAGAGAACUUCCAUAACUGGAAGAAUGCAGGGAAAGCUUUGGAGCCCUUUCCUAUUGCUGAAGAACAUCUUUGAUUUGGUCUGCAGCAGAACCAGAAAGAAGAAAAGGAAACAAUUCUACCUCAAGACUACAUUAAGAAAAACCUUUACUUAAGUGACUGAAGUGUGAAAGGUGUCCUGUAUUCAGGAAAUGUCAUUAUCAGGAAAGGAAGCAGAAUAGAAUUUUAAAAUUAAGCUUUAUCUCAUUUGGGAGCCAACAUAAUGUAAUCAACAUUCCAGUGCAAUACUUUAAAAUGCUUUUUUUAAAUUAAAGUUUUUAAAAAUUAAAUGAUGCACUUUUGAUACAACUGGUUUAUAUUAUUAAUAUAUUGUAUGAACAGUGUUAUUAAAGCAAGCCUACGUAGCAUUUUAAAAGAUACUUUCUGCUGUUAAUGGAUUUACAGUGAAAAAGAGCUGAGCCCUCAUUUUGACUUUGCAGGAAUCUUUGCGCAGUUGUUUGAAAUGCUGCCACAGUGUUGGUGGUCUUGAGCUUAAUGAUUUAAAAGGAAGGGGGAAUUGCCUCCUAAGCACUCUGCAGAAAUGACUGGCAUAUGACCAAAGACUCUCUUGACCUCAGAAAUACAGGAUGGAAAGCGAAGCGCUUAAGCGAAAUAGCGAAGAACUAGAACAAGCUGCUUGCUUUGACUAUAUUUAUCUUUAUUUGUUGCCUCUUGGCAUUCUUACUUUUUAUAUGUGUGAAAUGAUGCAAACAGUAUUAAAGUUUAGCUUCCCAGAGUUA